UGCAGCCACACGGAAUGUUUUUGUUGCAGUACGUCAGAACACGGAAGUGAAGCAGUGCCUCUGUGUUGAUGUCUCCUGUCUUCGUCUCUUUCCGGGUAAACCUGCGGACCUGAGGCAGCCAUGGCGGUGAGCGCGGUCCACCUGGAGUCGGACGCCUUCCUGGUGUGCAUGAACCACGCGCUGAGCACGGAGAAGGAGGAGGUGAUGGGCCUGUGCAUCGGGGAGGUGGAGAGCUCCCGCAUCGUGCACGUCCACUCCGUCAUCAUCCUCCGCCGCUCGGACAAGCGGAAGGACCGGGUGGAGAUCUCCCCGGAGCAGCUGUCCGCGGCCUCCACGGAGGCGGAGCGGCUGGCGGACAUGACGGGCCGGACGAUGCGGGUGGUGGGCUGGUACCACUCCCACCCCCACAUUACCGUGUGGCCGUCCCACGUCGACGUGCGCACCCAGGCCAUGUACCAGAUGCUGGACCAGUGCUUCGUGGGCCUCAUCUUCUCCUGCUUCAUCGAGGACAAGAACACGAAGACGGGCCGCGUGCUGUACACCUGCUUCCAGUCCGUCCAGGCGCAGAAGGGCUCCGAGUACGAGCGGGUGGAGAUCCCCAUCCACGUCGUGCCCCGCGAGGCCAUCGGCAAGGUGUGCCUGGAGUCGGCCGUGGAGCUGCCGCGCAUCCUGUGCCAGGAGGAGCAGGACACGUACCGCAAGAUCCACAGCCUGGCGCACCUGGACCCCGUCACCAAGAUCCACAACGGGUCCGUGUUCACCAAGAACCUGUGCAGCCAGAUGUCUGCGGUGAGCGGCCCGCUGCUGCAGUGGCUGGAGGACCGGCUGGAGCAGAACAAGGGGAGCGUCGUGGAGCUGCAGCGGGAGAAGGAGACGCUGCUGCAGGAGCUGGCUGCUCUGUGAGCCCGGGGGACAGAGUGGAGGGUUGAGGAGGACAUGGUGGAGGGAGGACAAGGUGGAGGAUCGAGGGAGAACAGAAUGGAGCAUGAUGAGGACAUGGUGGAGGGAGAACAGAUUGGAGGUUGGAGGGAGGACAGACUGGAGGAUGGAGGAGGACAAGGUGGAGGAUGGAGGAGGACAAGGUGGGGGACAGAGGGAGGAUAGACUGGAGGGAAGACAUGGUGGAGGAUUGAGAGAGGAAAAGGUUGAGGGUUUAGGGAGGACAUGGUGGAAGGAGGAAAUGGAGAAUGGUGGCGGGAGGACAGGGUGGAGGAUGGAGGAGGACAAGGUGGAGGAUGGAAGGAGGACAUGGUGGAGAUCCCUGUCAGUUCUCCAUCUGCAGACGAGACUCUUCCUCACUUUUCUCUUCUGUUCCAACCUCAGUUCUUUGUCAAGUCUUUAUUCCUGCAGGUAGAUUUUCUUCCGUUUCACGGCUGUGAACUAACAACUGGUCAGAUAUAAAGUUUUGUUAAUUAUUGAUUAGUUUGUCCCUUUAUCACAAAGUUAAAGAAAGUGAUGACCUUUGACCUUCGUCUCUCCUCAGCUUCCAUGUGAAUCUGUCCGAUAGUGUCUCAUCCUGCCGACAAACUGAUGAACACAGGUGGAAACACGAAGCUCUUAAAUUAACCUCUAAUCUGUCGAGGGACAAAGACACAAAUGUGCCUGUAGACAAAUUAAAGUGUGACUGUGGAUACUGUAAAAUGUAUACGUAGAUUAUGGGGUGUAAAGCACAUACAGGUGCUUGUCUUCCAUCAAUGCUCUUUGACUUUGGGUUGAUGUAAUUAUUUUUCUUGCUCUCGUCACAGAUUUACAAAUUCAGAUUUUUGAUCUUUUCUUCCUCCAACUGUAAAAUAAAACAUGUACUUAUUUACCUCAUCUCUUCACUUUAGUUCUGAACCAACGAGGGAAAUAUUAUAAAUAUCUGCAGAGUUCAGACUCUGUUAAAUCUGUGACUUCAUAUCUAACACAGUCACAAAGAAUUCAAAUGAUUCUCACGUUUCUGAGUCCUUCACUUUGUUGGAAGGUCUUUCUAGUGUCUGUGUUGAACCACUAGGUGUCGCCCUUGGCUUCAUGUUUCCUUUGUAACGGGCAUCAUUCUCAUCUGCAUCAAUUUUUAAUAUUCUUAUCAUCUCA